GGCCGCCUCGCUGGCGUCAUUGCGUGCGCAUACACCUUUCUCUGCUGAAGCUGAAGCUUCGCCACUGCCUAUGGAGGAGACGGCGGCACCGCUACCGCUAACAGUGCGGGCCGCGGGUGCUGCCCCCGACGGCGAUGAGCGAAGGCAGCCGCAGCUGGAAGGAGGAGGACACCACCAGAUUCAGAGCCAGGAGACGGAGGAGGAGCACGCGCAGGCGGUGUACUGCGCCGUGGGGAUUGGGACCGGCAGCGGCAGCCAGGAGUGGAAGGACAACCUGCGCUGGGUGCUCGCCGCCCUCGCCCCCCGCCGGAGCAGCAGCAGGUGCCUCGUGCUCGCGCACCUGCGCCGACCCACCUCCCGGAUCAACAUCAUGGGGGCGUGGGUCCCAGUGAGCCAGCUUGCAGAGGAGGAGGUGGCUGCGUACAGGCAGCUGGAGGAAGAGAGGAUCGGCAAAGUCCUAGACGACCUCGUGGAACUCUGCCAAAGUCAAAAGGUGAACGCGAGCAAGAUCGUCAUCGCGAGCGACGACAUCGGCAGGGGUCUCGUGCAGUUGGUUGACGACCAUGGGGUCACCGAGCUCGUCAUGGGCGCUGCGUCUGAUCGGGCGUACAGCAGGAAGAUGCGGACACCAAGGUCUAAGAAGGCGCUGACGGUGCAGUGGAAGGCGAACCCCUCUUGCAAGAUCUGGUUCCUUUGCAGGGGAAAUCUCAUCUGCACCAGGGAGGCGAGCGAGGGACAAGCGCAUAGUAGAGCUGAGUCGUCCACAGCUAGUACAAGCUCCAGGUCAAGCACUUCCGGCUACUCGACCCCUGCUGCAAGGGACCGCAGCAUAGAGGAUCAAGCUGUUGGAACCCUCGAUGGUGCAGCUGUGCAGUUGCUACAAGAGAUUGAAGAGGACCGGCCGGAGACGCCCACGUCGGAUGCUGGUGAGAUGGACGACGCCUUGUACGAUAAGCUGAAGCGUGCGCUCAUGGAAGCCGAGAGCCUCAAGCACGAGGCGUACGAAGAGACUCGCCGGCGUCAGAUGGCCGAGCGCGAGCUCGCUGAAGCGUCCAGGAUGGCCGACGAAGCAGAGAGAUCGAACCAGAGAGAGGCGAGGCACCGGAAGGAGGUGGAGGAGAUGGUGGCGAGAGAGCGCGCGGCCAUUGAGCAGGACAGGCGAGAGCUCGACGACAUCCUGGAGAAGAUACGGAAGGUCGACGACCGGAGCGCCGAGCUGGAGCUUCAGAUCACGAGCUCGGAGCGCACGAUGAACGACCUCGAAGCCAGACUGUCGGAAUCGUACAACCUCCUCCACACACUCCGGCAAGGAGAUCCCUGGUCGACUGCGACGGAGUCCGCGUCCGAGUCCACAGAGGACGGCGGCGGCGAGCAGAGAGUGAGCUUCUUGCAGCUGGGUUACUCGGAGCUGGACGAGGCCACCAAGCAUUUCGACGAGUCUGUCAGGAUCGACGGCGGAGGCGACGGCAGCCGGGGCAAAGUGUACGGAGGGGAGCUGCGCGGCAUGGCCGUCGCCGUGAAGGUGGUGAACCCUGACGUGGCCGUGCACGAGGCCCGGUUCGCCCGAGCGGUGGAACGCAUCGGCCGGGCGAGACACCCGAACCUGGUGACGCUCGUGGGCGCGUGCCCGGCGGCGCGCGCCGUCGUGUACGAGCUGGUGCCGGGCGGGAGCCUGGAGGAGCGCCUGGACCCGGGAGGCGGGAGCGGGUCGGCGCCGCCGCCGCUGCCGUGGCACGCGCGGUGCGGCGUCGCCUACGGGGCGUGCUCCGCGCUGGCGUUCCUGCACUCCACGCUGCCGCGGCCGACGGUGCACGGCGACGUGAGGCCGGCGAACAUCCUGGUGCUGGCGGACAACGCGCCGCACGGGUGGUCAUGCAAACUGGCCGGCCUCGGCGCGCGCGGGCUCGUGGAGGAGCGAGAGCAGCCCCGCCCCGGCGCCGCGGAUCGGGCGUACGCGGACCCGCGGUACCUCGCUGCGACGGGGGAGCUGAACCCGCACCGCGACGUGUACGCGCUAGGCGUGGUCCUCCUCCGGCUGGUGACCGGGAGACCGGCGUUCCUGGCGAGGAAGGCAGCGCGGGAGGCCGUGGACGGCAGGGCGUCGUGGCAGGAGGUGGCGGGAGGGUGGCCGACGGAGCGCGCCAGGGAGGUGGCCCUGCUCGGGCUGAGAUGCUGCGGCGUGGACGUGGAGGCGGAGCAGAGGCCGCGGCUCCCCGCCGCGCUGUUGCUGGAGGAGGCCCGCGGCGUGCUGGAGGCCGCGGUGAGCGCAGCGCCGAGCAGGUCGCCAUCGUCGCUGUCCGAGUCCGACGGCGCCCCAUCCUACUUCCUCUGCCCGAUACUCAAGGAGGUGAUGAGGGACCCGCAGAUCUCCGGCGACGGGUUCACGUACGAGGCGGAGGCCAUCCGGGAGUGGCUGCGCAGCGGCCACGACACGUCGCCGAUGACAAAUCUGAAGCUCCCGACACAGCAACUGGUCCCCAACCAUGCGCUCCGCUCCGCCAUCCACGAGUGGCGCCACCGCCAGCUCCGUGCUCAUCAUCGGCUGCACUGAUCCGGUGUUAACUUUUAACUUGUAUUGUAUAUAAACGCGGGAGAGCUAGUUAGUCUUUUUCUUUCGUUUUGUUUUUGGUAAAUGUUAUCUGAUUGCCUGAGUGUGUAGCAUCGAUGGUCUUGACAACGUACACUGUACAGUCGCGGAUGCAUGGGAGAAAUGAAUUUUUUUCGCCUUUC